AUGUCGGACCGUUUUAUCCCCCGUUUACAGUUCUCUGUGUAUGGUAUGAGGGUUGUGUCCUUUUCCUUGCUGAAGAAGGUGUUGUGUUUCCUUGUCAACCGGAGAUGGACCAGAGUAGCUGUUUUCUUCCUCUAUCCAUUUUGUGCAGUCUAUGUGUUUCGGACGAUCAGAAGUCGCUGUCUGAAAGCGAUUCCUGGCCAGAAGUCGAUGGAAGACAAGAAAAAGAUUCUGGGAAUACCCAAUGUUGGUAACACCUGCUACAUGAAUGCAGUACUACAGGUGCUCUGCAGGACUCCAAAUUUCAGAGAGCAAUUGCAAACAGCCACACAAACAAGAGAAAAUGGACAGAAGAGUAAACGAGGAAUUAUAACAAGAUUAUCUGCUUGGUCAUUGGGACUGUUAGAAAGAAUAACACAACAAGCUACGUUUUGUCAGUCACCACCACAGCUUGAUGUUUCCCUGCUACAACUUGCUGAUGCAGUCCUUUUUGGUUCGGACGUGCCUUCAAAACUGCCCAGAGCUGUCCUUGAUGCUGUUAGAGAACUUGACGAUCAGUUCAAAGGGAAUGAACAACAAGAUAGUUAUCAACUGUUUAAUACAGUGAUUGGUGGACUGGAGGAUCUGUGUUCGGUUGAAGCGAGAGACCGUACCAACGGAUCAGUUUCAGAGACAGAAGACUUGAUGAAUAGAUCCCCGGUAUCUCUUUUAUUUGGAGGCGUGUUCUGUACCGUGUACACAUACAACACUUGUAACCACGCUGAGCCAGUAUUCCAGAGAUUUACCAGUAUACCGAUACAUAUCCAACAGACCUCACCAAAUCCUUUCAACGGAGUUGAGCCUACGUCACAACGCCAAGAGGAAACUGACUGUCGAGCAAAUGUGUCACCACAACCAGAUAUCGCUUUGCCACCACACCCAACGGAGGUUUACAAUAAACCAACAAAUUUACAACACCAAGGGGAAGUUGUUACGAAAAUACAAGCAGAGACUGACUCUCAUACUACUUUACAAUUCCUUAAUGAGGUUGACAGUACCAAUAAUUCACCACAGCACGUAGAAUCGGACAGACAAACUGUAUCAACAAGCGGAGAUGAGGUUGAGAGCCAAAAUGUUUCAGCACAGAAAUGGGGAGUCGACUGUCAGACUCGAUCAUCCAACUCACAGAUUACAGAGUCAAGAGGUCCAGAUGGGACUGGUGGUCGGAGGACUAUUUCACCGAAGGAGGAGGAGGCUUGCCGAACGAAUGUGUUGCCACAUCCAAAAGAGGUGGAAGACGCCACCAAUUCUCACGUACAGCAGGAAGACAGUGACGACGUAUCACCAUACUCAUGUAAGGCUGCAGCCAAGACAGAAGUGUUCAAACAAACAGACGAAUCCGUCAUCCAAGACAUUCUGUCGCCACAGACAGACGAGACGGACGAGUGUGAAAACCUAAAUAAUGUUUUAAAACAGGAAGAGGGGGCAGACAUCUACACAAACGACCUAACAAAAGCUGAACAUAGGGAAUCGUGCUACGACAUGAAGAGGACAGAUUUAAAUGACGUCUAUGUUAACUUAUUUGAUGAACAUGAUCAAAAUAUCGAAACAAGAAAGAUGAGAAAUGCAGAUGAAAAUGAUAUGGAUGCCAGCUUUGCCGGAGUAAAAGAGAUUGCAGUCACAAACAUCCAAGGAAGUGAUUCGAAAGGUAGAAACAGACCGGACAUGGAACCAGACACGAUAGAACAGACAUUAUCAGCACUAGAACACAGAGAGAGAUUCUAUCCCGACGACAAAUUAUCACACCUGGAGAGAGGUCUGAGACAUUUUGCAGAAGUUAACGAAAUCGAUGGUGCCAUGUCAUGUAGAACAUGUGAAAAGACAGGCAAAUCUGUCUCAGAAGCAUUGGCCACGAAAACUCGGAGCCAGAACAUGUUGAUGGCUGUGCCUCCAGUGUUGGUGUUUCAGUUCAAUAGAUUCGAAUUAAAUGAUGGCAGGCUUCAAAAGAUGGAUGGAAAAUUGACUUACCCGGAAUAUCUAGACACGACUCCGUUUUGUUUUCCCGGUAUGGCUGUUUUGAAUAAUGAGAGCAAUCCCGACACGGAACAAAAGCUGUAUCGCCUUUAUGGCGUGGUAUGUCACAUGGGAUCAAUUCACGGGGGUCACUACACCGUCCACGUUCGUACCACUGGACACCAAGAAGCAGACAUAAAAAGGAGAUUUCUCAGUAACACGUGGCGCGAUCCAGAGAGGUCUGUAGAAAGUAUCAUAAAAUACUGGGAAGGAAGGACACAGGAUUCCGGAAUGCAUGUACAACAAAAUACUGUCCCUUCCGGAAGUUACCAAUCUAAACAGAACAACGACACGUGGUACACAAUCAGUGAUAAAACAGUCACAGAAUGCACCGAAUAUUCUGCACUCAGUGACCCUAACGCUUACCUCUUGAUGUACGAAAGAAUCACACCUUCAUAGACUUAUUUUUUUGUGAAAUAAGGCAGAACUGAAAUAAAUUAUCGUUGUCAUUCAUUAUUAUCUAAACGGUGAUGAGGUGAGUAGUAUGACAAAUAAUGGCGAUAGUUAUGGUGGUCAUUUUGUCUGUUUAAGACUUGUCAAUGUGGUACAGUGUCAAACAUGUAUUUCUGUAUAUAGUCAUUUUGUCUGUUUAAGACUUGUCAA